UUGCCAUUAAACGUUCCAACUGGUGACGUUGUUGGUGAGAAAUUGAGCAACAGGGAUAAAGAGGAGAAAGCGACCUAUGAACAGAGUAUUGACGCUGUUACUCGUAUGAUUUUAUACAAGUGGAUUAAUUCUGGGAAAUUCUUUGAUUCUGUGGAAGGGGUUAUUGCUACUGGAAAGGAGUCAGUUGUGCUUCACGGUGAGCAGCAUUUUGCAAUAAAAGUGUACAAAAUGACUUUAAGUGAGUUUAAGAAUCGGUCAGAAUACGUGUAUAAUGACUACAGGUUCAAGAACCCUCGAGGCGUUCUUCGUAUUUGGGCAGAAAAGGAGUUUAUGAACCUCCACAGAAUGGUUAGGGCAGGCAUUAAGUGUCCGGAACCGGUACGGCUUAAAAAACAUGUUAUGCUAAUGUCAUUAAUCGGAUCUAACGGUGUAGCUGCACGGAAGUUGAAGGAUGUGGUCUGGGACGAUGAUGAACAUAAAACUGAUUAUUUAUCAAAUCAAGAUUUUUUAAAAAGUGAAUGUAAUAUGUACUUUCAGGCUAUGACUUGCAUGUAUGAAGAAUGUCGCCUUGUUCAUGGUGAUCUUAGUGAGUUCAACUUGCUGUAUCAUGAUGGUGAUGUCUACGUUAUUGAUGUUUCUCAGGCUAUGGAUUCUUCUCAUCCAAGGGCACUUUUUUUUCUGUUACGUGAUAUUGAAAAUGUUUUGCGCUUUUUCGGAAAAAUUGGAACCGAAAAUCUUCCAUCUGCUACCGAAAUUUUUAAUGAAAUUACUAGUUUGAGUAUGGAUCCUGAAAAGAAUCUUAUGGUUCAGGUUGAAAAUUUCGAAAAGGAUAACAGAAAUGUUCAGUUGCAUGAAGAUAAGACCAAACCAGCAGAUAUGGAGUGGCGAUUGUACGAUGCGGAAAUUGCUGCAAGCGGUACACAUGAGGACCCAGCAGCGCAGUUUAAUUGA